UUAUCUGUACGAGCAAUCGUGCUGAUGCGGGGAUACCUUUUUUUUYCGAUGMGAGGUGUUCUCGAGGUGGUGUCACAUCACACCCGGUCACUCUUACAACAUUCMGUGCAGCAACAGCCAUAGCCUUGGGACCGCAAGACCACCAUUCCAAACGAUCAUUGCAUCACUGCACCACACCACAAUAAACAAGACCCCAAACGAGAAGGCAGCGUCACCCACACCUCUAUUCCAACAAGAGCAACACAAAAAGAAACACAAACACCCCACGAUGCGGUUUCGUCGUUUCCACACCCAAAAACAAUCCGACGCGGCCGUGCCGCCGCCUUCUACCGUGUCUCUGUCGCGAGCGGCAAGCCUCCUGGGCCUCGCCUUGAUCUCGUCGCUGGCGGGUUCGCUGUCCUCGCCGCUGUCCCCGUCCUGCUCUUUGGCCUCCCCGUUUCCCGCUGCGGAGGCCCUCUCGGUGCCGUCCGCAAGGAUUCCGAGACCCCUGCGGGGCCCCCGGGCCCGGACCCCCGGAGCGGAAAAGCGGCCCGGAAGCCGAACGGUUCUGUCCGCGGCCGGAAGCGACGAAGAGAUCGCGAAAAGGGAAACGGACGCCGAAGCGAUGCCGGACGAGACAUCGGACGGGUCUUCCGGUGCGGUUCUUCCGACGAACCCGGGCGUCCAGAGCCGGAGGCGGAUGAUCUCCACGAUCGCCGCGGGGGUUCUGACGAGCGGRGUCCUCACCCGCCACAUCAAGCACGCCUUUGCCGAGUACGGAUACCCGGGCGGGUACACGAACGAAUACUCGAGCGAUGCCUCCUACGCGAAAGCGAGGGCCAGCGCCGGGGUSCGUUCCUCGCCGUCCCUGUCCUCGUCGUCGGUCUCGGUCGCUUCCUCCCUUUCGACCCCGCUCGGGACCCCCGAGCACCCCGUGGYCAUCGUCGGAGGGGGCGGGCGCACCGGAAUGGCCGUGGCAGAGGCCCUCGCCGAUCCGGCCUUUGGCAACAUGCACGCGGUGACCCUUUCCCGCAGCGGGAAGGAUCCCUUUGCGAUCGUACGGCUCCCGGAGACCACCCGGGAGCGCCUCUCCCACCGGUCCGAUCCCUUCGACGUGAGGGAACCGGGCGAGGCCGUGGAGGCCGGCCUCGCGGCCCUAAAACCCUCGGUGGUCGUCUACGCGGCGUCGGCGAGCCGGCAGGGGGGGAACUGCUUCCAGGUCGACGACGAGGGCGUCGAGAAGGUGGCCAGGGCCUGCAAGAACCUCGGGGCCCUCUUCGUCCUGGUCUCGGCCCUGGCCGUGGACCGCCCCGAUUCCAAGAGCUACAAGGUCACCAACACGCUGGGCGGGAACUACCAGGGCAUCAUGGACGCCAAGAACCACGGGGAGCAGGCGACCCGGGCCGUCUUUUCCUCCGGCGGCGAGUACGUCAUCGUCCGCCCGGGGGUCCUCCUCAACGGAAAGUCCAUCGACGGGCCCGCCGGCAUCGAGCUCAACCAGGGCGACACCGUCGGGGGGGGGCUCUCGAGGGACGAGCUGGCCGGGGUGGUGGUCGGGGCGAUCCAGAGCCGGGACCGUGGCAACAGCAGCAACAAGGCCGGUGCCGGCGGCGUCACGGUAGAGGCCUACCGCCGGUCGACGGCCCAGGCGCUGGAAAAGGCCUUUCCGGUCCCGAGCGGGAACGAGCUCUCCGUCGACGCCGGGAAGGUGGCGGCGACCCCGGCAUCCUCCAGGAAGUCCCUCUACCGGGAGCUCUUUGCCAACGCCAAGCCKGACGGCUUUGCGGGCUGAGCGAAGCGGCGGCGCCGGGGUGAGGSGAGGCGAGGGCCUCGCGGUGGCGGCCGGGACGCACGCAACCGCAGCUGCGGCUGUCACCAGGUGGCCGGCGAGGAUGCCCGAAGACGGCACGAUUGGACACCCGACCACGCGGCCUGCCCGUCCCGCGAUGCGAUGCGAUGCAAUGCACUACGGACGCACCCGAUGUACAAAUACAAGAACAACCAUUUU